AGUUGAAACCUUGAACCGUCCGUGUAUUUUGCAUACACCGACUAUGUUUGAUAGAAGAAAGGUUUAUUGAAAACAGUUUCAUCCUAAUUCCGCUCGUAUUUAGUAUGUAGUCACCAAAGGCUUCACUGGAAUGUUAGGAAUGGGUGUGUCUGUAGAAGAGACAAAUUUGCACCCAGAAGUUCUUAAAAAAUCAAAUCUCAGCCUUCUUGCCGCCUCCACUAAUGUAGAGCCAACUACCUCAACCCAUCGCCAUGGUAAUGGUGAUGUCGAACAUCAUCAUCAUGAAGAACAUCGUAUCAAUCAGAAGGUUCCAAACCACAAUAAAAUCAUCACCUCUCUCAUAGCAGGAGCUGUGGCUGGGGCUGUAGCUAAAACAGUUAUUGCACCACUGGACCGAACUAAGAUCCACUUCCAAAUUUCCAAUACACAGUUCUCUGUAAGAGAUGCCUAUGUCUUCCUCUGUAAUACAUGGAAGAAUGAAGGGUUCCUGGCUUUGUGGCGAGGCAAUUCAGCAACAAUGGCAAGAAUCAUCCCCUAUGCAGCUAUUCAGUACACCGCCCAUGAACAAUAUAAACGAUUCUUCAUGUUUAAUUCCAAGAGGAAACACCUGCCACCUGGUAAACGGUUCCUGGUGGGAUCUAUGGCAGGUGUUACAGCAUCGUCUAUGACAUAUCCGUUAGAUUUAGUCCGAGCUAGGAUGGCUGUCACUGCAAAAGACAGAUACCACAACUUGUUUGAAGUGUUUUUGAAGAUAAAAACAGAAGAGGGUUUGAGGACACUUUAUCGUGGCUUUGUACCAACUCUAUAUGGUUCAGUGAUCUACUCUGGUCUGGGGUUUUGUACCUACGAAACACUUAAAAAAUGGCAUGCAGAAUACAACAAAGGGAAGCAACUCACGUUAGCAGAACGCCUUUGCUUCGGAGCCUGUGCAGGGCUUCUAAGUCAAUCAGCUUCUUAUCCACUGGAUAUUAUACGUAGGAGGAUGCAAACAGCAGGGGUAACUGGUCAUUCUUAUGACUACCGGAGUGUCACUGAAACAUUUAAACUUGUGGUAAAAGAAGAAGGUUUUCAAAGGGGCCUAUACAAGGGCCUCAGCAUAAACUGGGUGAAAGGACCGAUUGCUGUUGGUGUCAGUUUUGCAACAUUUGAUGUCACAACGCUAUGGUUACGGCGACGAAAAAUGUUCCACAUAGACGAAUUAGAUGGAGAUUAAAAAUAAUUGAUAAUUAUUUAGGACUAAAACAAAUUAUAUAGACAUUUUUAAUGAGAUAUAUUUAGUUUUAUAUUAAGCUGAUAUUGUUGGGUGUAUAUACAGAGUAUAUAUGAAUGUGUGGCCUGUAUGUUGUCAGAAGAAUGGCGUUUUCUGUCCAGCUCAUAUUAUUAACCCCAGAAAUCCUGACUUACCUUAUUGAUAUGGCAAUGAGCCCUGGCUUUGUAAUAAGCCCAACUGCAUCUUUUUUUUUACCGAGAAGUGCUCUCUCUCAUCUUCCAAUAAGCCCACCUUCCCUGUCACAGAUAAUGUGUUGACACCUUGGGCUUAUUGAAGGUUAGAUAAUAUAAUUUUCAAAAUACAAUUAUUGUUUGAUUCACAUGUCUGUCAAUUUUUAUUCUACUGUAUAAGAAACAGAUAUUUUCUCGUCAAGAAAGAGAUCAAACAGUAAUUAUUAUUUUAGCUCGAUAUGUCUCAGUAUCUGAACUGUGGUUUCAAAUAUGGCUUUAACUUGCAAAAGCCACUGGCGAUACAAAUUUGUCUUGGCCUACUAUCCAUAGAGUGUGAUGAUAUUUGAAUGUAUAACAUUUCCUUAGAACUAAUGAAGUUUUAACAUCCCGACUGACGUCCUCUGAUGAGACCUUCCAUCAACUUCUAGCUUGGUACACACUUUUGGGAGUCUGCAGCAGUCUUGUUUGAUUUAUAUUCUAAAAGGAUUCCAAUCUUUAUCUCAAUCCUGAUUCCUGUUACUUGAUAAUUAAUUUUCAUCUUGUUGAGCUUUGCAUUAAUUUUGUUUGAAGACACAUUAAUACUUUGGUCUUUACUGGUUCACAUGUUAACUUUAUUUUACCUACUUUUUCUUAAUACUAAGUGGGGAGAUGUUAGAUUUGCUCAAUUUUAUCUGUCAUCAGCAGAAAGUUACAUCUUUUUGUUCUGGUGUCAAAUGUCAGGGUUUUAUUGUUUUUAAAUAUUGUUGAUUAUUUUUUCUAAUCCUUUUUUUGACCUUGAUUUUUCUCAGAAUUGUUGAGGUCAUAAGAGAUACGAUUUAUGUACACUUCUGGGUAUGUUAAAAAGUCCUUAAAGUUUCAAGAAAAAAAGUUUAUAUGUUUUAAACAAUUUUCAUUUUUUUGUGCCUGUGAAUGAAGGAAAGAAAGAAAUCCAAUGUCUUGAAUCAUGACUUUGAAUUACUUUGACAAUAACAGCUAUGUGUUCUUGAAACCCUGGGUUGAUAUAUCAGUCCUAUUCAUAAGGGUGUGUGCUUUCUUGUUUUUUUUUUUUUUCAUUCAUCUUCAUUACAAAAGAUUUCUAAUCUGCUAAAAUGGUAAACCAUCCUGAAUGAGAAGUACUUUAGACUUCAUCUAUCAGCCUCAACACUAUAAUAAUACAUAAAGAUUACAUUUGUAAAAACUGAAUGGGAAAUGUGAAGCUGUUAAAUUGAGAAAAGGAAAAUAUUGAAUGCUGUAGUAGUUUGAUCACGAGGAUUAUUGGUCAACAACAUCUUCUGGUCAUCAUUCCUAAGGUGGAACGCACACUUUAGUUUCUACUUUGCUUGAAAACAAGUUUGGGUAUUUCUAUGUGAAACGGGUUCAAAAUUUUACACAUCUUAAUUUAACAGCUUCUGAACAUGAAGUAUCAGCUUGAAAGAAAUGUGUUUAUGUUAGACAAAAAUUAAAAGCAACAUUAAAUUUUUUUUAAGUAUUGAUGUUUUUUAAGAGAAAUUACCUUUAAAGACCAUGAAGUCCAUUUUUGGACUAUUUCAUCAAAGCCUCUACUGUGACAUGAAGAUUUUAAAAUAAAUCAUUUCUCUUCAUG